AUGGGAGGAGUGUGCAGAGGUUGGGAGGAAGACAUUUACUGGACACACUUUCAAUUCAUCCAUUUCACACAAUUUCUCCGCUCUGAUUUUCAUCAACAACUUGCACUUCCCAAAACAUUUUCUAACAAUAUAAAGAAGAACUUGCCAGAAAGUGUGACCCUAAAAGGUCCUGCUGGAAUGCUUUGGAAUAUAGAGCUGACAACUAAAGGCGAUACCUUGUACUUCACGCACGGUUGGCAACAAUUCAUGAAAGAACACUCUUUGAAAGAAAAUGAUUUCCUUGUCUUUAAGUACAACGGUGAAUCGUUGUUUGAGGUUUUAAUCUUCGAUGGCGGGAGUUUAUGUGAGAAGGCAGCUUGUUAUUUUGUUCGAAAAUGUUGGCAAGCUGUCAAUACUGAACAAGGGGGUGGAUGUUCUGGCAGGAAAAGGGACUCAGAUAAUUCUGUUGAAGAAGUUAAGACUCCUAAUGGUGUUGAUGAAGAUGUUUCACCUGAGAAAUCUUUGCAUGUUAACAGUAUCAGAGUGCCAAUUGAUGUGCCUGUCGAAACAACUAAUGGCAAGACUUCUAAUGCUGGUGUUGAAUCUGCUUCUGCCGAGCCAUUCAUGCCUGAUGCAGUCCCUGAUACUGAGCCAAAAACUGUUCCCUCCCAAACAACUGCUAAACGGACUAGGAGGAGACCUGUUUGUGCCGAUACAUCUGUCCCGACAAAGAAGAGAGGAAGACGACCAAACACCGAUAAUUCUGUUGAAGACAUUAACACUCCUAAUGGUGUUGAUGAAGGUGUUUCACCUGAGAAAUCUUUGCAUGUUAAGAGUAUCAGAGUGCCAAUUGAUGUGCCUGUCGAAACAACUAAUGGCAAGACUUCUAAUGCUGGUGUUGAAUCUGCUUCUGCCGAGCCAUUCAUACCUGAUGCAGUCCCUGAUACUGAGCCAAAAACUGUUCCCUCCCAAACAACUGCUAAACGGAUGAGGAGGAGACCUGUUUGUGCCGAAUCGUCUGUCCCGACAAAGAAGAGAGGAAGACGACCAAAAACCGAUAAUUCUGUUGAAGACAUUAACACUCCAAAUGGUGUUGAUGAAGAUGUUUCACCUGAGAAAUCUUUGCAUGUUAACAGUAUCAGAGUGCCAAUUGAUGUGCCUGUCGAAACAACUAAUGGCAAGACUUCUAAUGCUGGUGUUGAAUCUGCUCCCGCCGAGCAAUUCAUGUCUGAUGCAGUCACAGAUACCGAGCCAAAAACUGUUCCCUCCAAAAUAACGGGUAAACGGACGAGGAGGAAGCCUGUUUAUGCCGAUAUGUCUGUCCCAAUUAAGAAGAGAGGAAGACCAGCAAAACCCCCUAAUUCUCACAAGAGAGCUCAUGAUUGUGUGUCUGGUGUUGAACUUUCUCCCAAGGUUUCUCCGAAGGCCUCUCCAAAGGUUGGAUUUCGGACCAAGGAACUAUAUACUUCAAAUAGGAGGCCUGUCACAAAAAAUGAGAUUGAAAAUACUCUUCAGUUGGCCCAGGCAACAUGUGCCGAAGACACCUUGCUUGUAACUAUGCGACCUACGCAUGUAUACAAGAGAUUCUUCGUGUCAUUCCCUAAUAAGUGGAGAAUAAACCAUCUUUCUCCGUCAUCUCAAGAUGUGAUAUUACGUAUGGGUAAGAGUGAAUGGCUUGGGAAAUACCGCUAUCAUAAUAUUCGUAACAAUGGAGGACUUACUGGUGGGUGGAAAUAUUUUGCACUUGAAAAUAACCUUGAAGAGUUUGAUGUGUGUUUGUUUAAGCCUGCUGGUUAUAUGGACAAAACUUUGAUCUUAGAGAUUACCAUUUUUAGAGUUGUUGAGGAGAUUACUCCUCUUACUGCGGUGAAUUCUCCGCAAAAGAAGAGUUCAAUUAAGAAAACACCAACCGGACUGAAUUCUCGGGAAAAGAAGAGUUCAUUUAAGAAAACACCUACCAGUGCUGUCCAAACAGAACUCGAGUCCUUUGAACCACUAGUAAAGAAGAGGGGAGUUAACAUAACAGUGACCAGUGCUGUACAAACAGAACUUGACUCCAUUGAAGGUGCGUAA